UACAAUAAAUUCAUUCUCUUAAAAUUCAUAAUGUUUGAGUUAUCAAUCAUCGUCGCCUCAAUUCUUCUCCUUUUAAUCCUCUCCAUGUUAAAAAAACCGACCCAAUCGGAACGCGAUCUGAAUCGCAUUCCCGGGCCAAAGAGGCUCCCGGUGAUCGGGAACCUCCAUCUCCUCCUAAGCAAAUCCAUGCCUCAUUUCAUUUUCCGGCAACUAGCCGCCAAAUACGGCCCUCUCCUCCGCCUCCAGCUCGGCGGCGUGCCCUUCCUCAUCGUCUCGUCCGUGGAAGCAGCCAAACAGGUCCUUAAAACCCACGACGUGGCCUUCGCGAACCGGCCGACGAUGCACGCGGCUACCACCAUCACCUACAACUGCUCCAACAUUGCCUUCGCCCCCUAUGGAGACUACUGGCGUAGCCUGCGCAAGAUCUGCACGCUUGAGCUACUCAGCUCAAAGCGCGUCAGGUACUUCCGCCCCAUAAGGGAGGAGGAGAAUGCGAAUCUGGCGGCGUGGAUCGCUUCAAAGGAGGGGUUGCCGGUGAAUCUGUCGGAGAUUGUGGGGCUGUCGGCUUUUGACAUCACGAGCAGGGCAUCGGUGGGGGAGGAGACGGAGGAGAAGGAGACGAUGGCGGCUGCGAUCCAGCAAGGGAUCGCGCUGGGGUCUGGUCUUAGUGUCGCUGACCUUUAUCCCUCGAAUAAGCUGCUCCCUCUCAUCACCGGGAUGGAUUUCAAGAUUAGGAAGGUGUUCCGGCAGACAGAUAGGGUUUUCGAGAGCAUCAUACGCCGGCAUAGGGCGGCCGGUCAGAGCGAUGAACGGUCUGAAGAUCUGGUUGAUGUCCUCCUCAAGUGCCAGCAAGAUGAUGCCGGAGUGCCCCUCACUAAUGAUAAUAUUAAGGCAGUGAUAUUGGACAUGUUUUUGGCGGGAACGGAAACAUCUUCAACUGCGGUGGAGUGGGUGAUGUCGGAGAUGAUAAGAAACCCUAGGACGCUAAAAAAGGCGCAAGAGGAGGUGCGAGAUGUUUUCGCAAACAAGGGCUACAUAGACGAACAAAACUUCGAGGAUCUAAAAUACCUCAAAUUAGUGGUCAAAGAAACCCUAAGGCUGCACCCACCGGUGCCACUGCUAGUGCCUAGAAUAAACAGCGAGAAGUGCGAAAUCAACGGCUACCAAAUACCGGCUGGAACAAGAGUGAUGGUGAAUGCAUGGGCACUAGGGAGGGAUUGUAGCUACUGGGACGAGGCGGAAAAGUUUAACCCGGAGAGAUUCGAGGGAAGCAACAUUGAUUUCAAAGGGAACAAUCUUGAGUUCAUACCCUUUGGCGCGGGGAGGAGAAUGUGCCCUGGCAUGUCGUUUGGGCUGGCCAACAUAGAGUUCGCGCUUGCUACACUUCUCUAUCAUUUCGACUGGGAAAUGCCGGCCGGUGAAGAGUUGGAUAUGGAGGAGUCGUUUGGUGCCACUGCUAAACGAAAGAACGAUUUGCUUCUCAUUCCCACCCUUAAAAGGCCUUUGCGCUCACUCAAAUCAUGUUAAUAUAUUUUAAGUUUUUUAAAUAAUUACCUAUUGAUCUAGGUAAAUUUUAUGUUACUUUCAAUUCAAUAAAUUUGUUCAACUUUUGUUUCAAA